AAACAAAUGGUGCAGCAGGAACGUCUUGCUGCCACAUUUACCUUGGGUUUUGGAGGAAAUUAGUGACGAUGGCGUGUUAAUUAUAUUGGGAUUGUAUGUGUUUUGGAUACACUAGAAGAUGGUCGGUGGCAGUACAGGUGAUAGAGAUGAAGGUGGAGGAGGAAGAAUUCAUCGAGAAUAUCGUGGAGGGGGAGGAGGAGGAGGAGGAAGAGGAAGCGGCCGCUACCGGCGAGGGCUGACGCAUCACCGUCACUCUGUGCCGGGUGAGCGACGUGGUCUCUCAGAGGGGCAUUCAGAAGAUGAUCCUAAAGCAGAUACAGAGAAGACAGAGGUUGUGAAACAUCGGUCGCAUAAAGAUCUCAGUCGUGGCUUUAGUGAAGACUCAAGAAUUUCAAAGCAGUUAAGGAGACUUUCUCGAGAGGAUGAUGCAGAGCGGUAUCUUGCCCAAGUCCAGCAGCUUCAGGAAUCAAUAAUGCUGAAUGAAAAUGUGAAAUAUGUUCGUCGAAAUGCUGAGCAUCUUUUGGACUCGCUUUUUGAACUGCUUCAUGCAGCACCAUCACCCCCUUGUCGCUGGGAAAUCACUCGCUGUGUUGGUCGUGUUGGCCAUGUCAUGGAAGGUGACAUUAAGAGAUUUGUGGAUGUAACACUAGAUCGACUUGAUACUUGGCGUGCAGCAGAAAUGAAGGUUCUGGUCUUAAGGUGUAUCUUGGAGAUGUUAAAAUUGGAUUCUGAUGGUUCUCAGCUGAGUCAGGUUGGAGAAAGAAUUGUAGAAGGGUUGCAGGUUGUGUUGGAGGGAACAGAAACUCCAGAGGUGAUGGUGGCGACUGUGGAUGUGCUGAGGGAACUGAAUGUCAACCACAGUCAUAUCCUCAAUAACUAUUUCCAAGAUAUUGUUGACAUACUGGUAGGAUGGCACAUUGACCAUCAUCAGUCACCAGAAGUUAUGAAGUAUGUGUCUAUGGCACUGAGAAGUUUCUCACAACUCUGGCUAGCAAAUGUCCCCAUUGCAGCAACUCUUCUCUCACAGUUUGUUGAGGAUAUGGAGGACUAUUGUGAGGACUUGGAAAGAGGAAUGUCUGGUCGCUCAACACCUGAAGAUGAAGUGGCAUCAGACCCAGUAAUCUGCGCCAAGAAAGUAGCUGCAUUUAUUAGUGUUUUUACAACAGUUCUAAGGUGUCUUGGGCCACAGGCUGACCCUGCUGUAAAUCCAAGUCUUUCACCCAAUUUCUUAGUUGAUGCACUGGGGAAGAUGGUGACAGGAGCAGGAAAUAUUUUGAAACAUCAUUGGGAAGAAGCACUCCUUGAUGCUCUGAAUCAAGAUAUUGUUGACAUACUGGUAGGAUGGCACAUUGACCAUCAUCAGUCACCAGAAGUUAUGAAGUAUGUGUCUAUGGCACUGAGAAGUUUCUCACAACUCUGGCUAGCAAAUGUCCCCAUUGCAGCAACUCUUCUCUCACAGUUUGUUGAGGAUAUGGAGGACUAUUGUGAGGACUUGGAAAGAGGAAUGUCUGGUCGCUCAACACCUGAAGAUGAAGUGGCAUCAGACCCAGUUAUCUGUGCCAAGAAAGUAGCUGCAUUUAUUAGUGUUUUUACAACAGUUCUAAGGUGUCUUGGGCCACAGGCUGACCCUGCUGUAAAUCCAAGUCUUUCACCCAAUUUCUUAGUUGAUGCACUGGGGAAGAUGGUGACAGGAGCAGGAAAUAUUUUGAAACAUCAUUGGGAAGAAGCACUCCUUGAUGCUCUGAAUCAAGUUUGUUUAGUGUUGAUUCCGUAUAGUCCAAAUAUGUCUGGGCUUCAGGAACACUUCUGUGAUGUCGUGGAUCUUCAGCAGAAACUUGUUGAGCACUUGGGCUUUGCCACGGUUAUGUCUUAUCUGACACUACUUACUCGGAUGUUGAAGCAGAUCGGCAGCAGUUUAUCUGUAGAAUUCAUACAGAAGAUUUUUGGCACAAGCUCUCCCCUGCGUAGCUUACGCCUUUCUCCACACCGGCAAGUGUGGCAGGCUACCCUUGGAGUGUACCAUGCUGCACUCAGCCUGAAGAAUGUUCCUUUACUGCAGGAAGCUUACAACUACAUACUUGCAGAUUUACAGAUUGCUCAUCGUGUUUUAGUACCAGAAGCAGCCAGCUUUGCAGCAACAACUGUUUUAGAGGGAGUUUCAUAUAAUGAGAGGGAAGCAACUGUUUUGAUGAUGUAUCUCAUGACAGUAUUAGCUGAGGUGGCAAAUACGAGAAACUCCAUCAUCACCAUGUGGGCACUUAAUCCUCCCAUUGUUGAUCUGCUGGCAACACAUCUCACUCCUUCCAGCUCUCACUUGGCUCUGCAUUACCCUGAGGUUCAACAUGCCAUCUUGUUCCUGCUGUACUCACACUGUUCCAAGCAUUCCCACUAUAUAAGCUCCAGCACCCUGAUCGUGGGGGCAACAUCUCCAUUUGUUCCACCCUCAGUCUCCACAACAUUUUCUGGAGGGUCACCAGGAAGUUUCUCCUCUGGAUCCUCCACCAGUGAGAAUCUUACUACAAUACUUACUACUUUGACAGCAGUGUUGCGACAGAGACAAGUUACUGGGGCCAACAUCAUCCAGCUGUGUCUAGAAUGGGCAGCAGAUCUUGUCAGCAGUAGUGAAACUUCCUUACCUCAGCUGCUCAAGAUCAAAGUGUUUACCCAGAUGAUAGACACCAUUGUACAAACUGGUUACCAUCAUCUCAAUUCAGUUACAUCUGCUGUUGCUGCCAGCUUAACCUCUGUGUUUGCUGUGUUACCACCCACUCAGAUGGAUAAUUUGGAAGAAGUUGUAAAGUUAUGCCUCCAUCAUAUGAGCCACAAUGAGCCUAAAAUUCGCAGUGCUUAUUUAGACCUCCUGGCUAGACUUCCUCUCAGUUCUGUCUCGCAUGCCAUGUGUUGUUUAAACACAAAUGAAGAAAAUGAAUUUAGCGCAAACAAGACUGAUUCAUCAUCCAAUGUUGAGAUUGGUAGUCUUGAUUCUUCAUCAGUGAAAAGUCUAGAGAGGCACUUUGUUUUACGGUCAACAGCAGGCCAGCUACCUUCAAAUGCCUUCCACACGCUAAUGGCAUUUAUACUCCAUGUUUCACAGCCUAAAGGUGAGUAUUGGCAGGAAGACCUCUUUGCUGUUAGCCAAAGAGUCGAAAGGAUGGCAAAGGCAGAGGACCUGAGUCUUCCUGUGCUAGCUUCCCAUCUUCGCACCUUGUUGUGGAAGUGGUUGGCUUGGGAACCUGCUCAACACUGCAUUGCCAGCAAACUACGGACUACAUUAGGAAAGCCACAGGACACAUUUACUAGUAUUGAAGGUGCCAUUAAGGGUCGAGCAAAGGAAGUCCGAGAGUGUGGCCAGACAGCCGAGAAAAGUCAAGGAAUAAGCAAGAUGGAGGAUGAGAAAACUGGCAAAAGUGUGAAUGGUAAUGAAAAAGGUGGAAAUGACGUGAAGGUUCACUCCCUAGCUGUGAUGCUGCUAGUAGAGUUCUUGGAGAGUCUGGAGAAAGCCAUGUUCAAUGCUAGUGAUGGAUGUGCUGUUGCUGUGCCACCACCAAAUAAGAGUGUCAGAGCCUUCUUUAGGACAAAUCGUCAGACCUGCACUGAAUGGCUGAGUCGCAUAAGAGCUGCAGUCAUCGUUGUUGCACUCAAUUGUGGGCGUCCGGAAGUGGCUGUUCGGCAUUCCUACAAACUCCUGCAGGAACUAAAAGACAAUAACAACACACAAAGUUCUGACUUUGAACGAGCUGUUUGCUACUGUGCACGGGCCUUAGUUGCUGAAGGUUGCGAUGAAGGAGUUUCAGGUUUAUACCAGUGGUGCCGUGACCACAUUGGAAGACGCUUUGCCUGGCUUAAGCCUGCAGUUUACAGUGCUGGCAAUAAGUAUGAGAAAGCCUUAAGGGGCUUCAUGCACUUCCUUGAGGGUGGAGGAGAGGAAGCAGAUGAAAUUGAUAAACUUAAGAGUGAAGAGGAGGAGAUAUCUACCCAGCAUGUUGCAAUUGCCAACCAUUCAGACAUGAAACAGCAAGAUCCUUUAAUACAGGAAUUCAUCCAUGCUCAGAUUGCAGAGUGUUACAGCAGGCUAAGUCAAUGGGGAGAGCUCCAGAAGUGGACGAUGCAAAUACAGAUGAAACAGGAGGAAUCCGAGCCUAUAACUGUUACCUCUGGCCUUCUAAACACAUACAAAGAUCUCUCUCAUGUACAGGCAUUGGCACAUUUUGACUCGGCUGAUCCUGUGGGAGUUAUGACAAGCCUUGGUGGUGCGGUGACCCAGGUGGACUGGACAAAGCCUCAGGAUUGGAUUACUUGGAAGAGGUUCCAGGAUAUAAACACUGUUCUUCUACACUCUUUCACAUCUACGGUUUAUCCUCAGCCCUCAACCUCAAGGGAAACCUUAAGUAAAAUUGUAGCAGAAUGUCAAGAUCAAGUGGAGUGGAUGUUGCAGUUAUCCACAAUGUCCUCCUACUCUGCCAUGCAUCUUCAUUCGCUUUUACUUCACCAAGUCCUCCAUGAGCUGCGGAGUAUUCUCAACGAUUCCAUGGGCGCUGGACGUUUGCAUGAGGGCUGGGAGAACACAAAUCUCAUGAGCCUUCCUGCAGACCUCAUUCCUCAUGUGUCACGAUGGGCCAAACUCAUUGGACGAAUUAAUCCUGCGGUUACUCCAACUUCAAUCACUAAAUUAGACCUCCUGUCAGCCAAGCAAGCUCGUAAACAAGAGAACAUGGACUUCGCAGAAAACACUUUGAUAGGAUUAUUAGGAGUAAGCUCCAAUUUGGCAGAAUCAGUGCUUGAAAUUGUUCCUGGUGCAGAGUACAACCCUCUCCAGGCAAAGCUACACAGGGAAGCAUCCAAACUCCUAGCAUGCAAGGGAUACAUCUCUCAUGGGUGUUCAGUCCUUGCUGGAGCAGUAGUUGGUCUAAAUCCCAGCUUGGCAGCCUUAGCAGCAACAGACACAAACCUGCUCACACUACCCCCUAAUGAGGCUGGCCACCUUUGUGCUCGUUCCAUCAUAACCCUCAACAAGUGGUGGGCACAGGAUGAUAGGCGUUUGCUGAUGCUCUCCGGGGAUUCAGUGACUGACAUCCCAGAAUGGAUGAAUAAGCUCCUUGCAGUUUACCAGGAAAUGAAGGAUUUUGCACCAGAGGAGUUGCUGCCUCUAGCAGAAGUCAAUCACCCAACUCUUCCUCAGCUAGAAAGCAACAUGGGUCAUAUUCUUACCCUUGCUGCAACACAGUGUCCAACUCUGCCAAAAGUCUGGUUCCAUAUUGCUUCAUGGUGCUUCAGAUGGGGUAGAAGAAUACUUGAGCACAGUAACAGCAAUGGAGGCCAGCUGUCAGAGGAAGAUCGGUCUCGUAUAAAGGACAUCGUAUCUCCUGCAAUUAGUCAUGAUACUGCAAGUGUAGAGGAAAGGAUAGAAGAGAUUUGUUCCCUCAUAGGAGGUUGGCGACCAGGACAAGACGCCACAGAAGAGGAUGAAGAGGAUCUGCGAUUGGAAGAAGUUCAAGGGACACAGCAAGUUGGAACACAGAUUACAUCAACCCUGCAAUCUUGGGGAUUGACUGGGAAUACAGUAACAGACCUAAGUACAACUCUGGCAGAGGUUCAUCAAGCAGCACAAGAAAGGCAUUACACUGUCCUCACAGCAGCUGCAAAAGCAUACUUCAGGUUCCUGAAAAUCAGCCAAGGGUAUGCUGCAAGCCAUGCUGACCAGUGCACAGUAGCUACAUUAAGACUGCUUCGUCUGAUGGUAAAGCAUGCUUCUGAGUUGAGAGAAGUAUUAGAAAAGGGUCUGGCUGAGACACCUACACGUCCCUGGAAGACAAUCAUUCCUCAGCUGUUUGCACGUCUGAAUCACCCUGAGCACUAUGUAAGGAGCAGCAUCUCUGAGCUUCUGUGUCGUCUGGCGGAGGACUUCCCACAUUUGAUUGUGUUUCCAGCUGUGGUUGGCUCAGCUGGUGGAAAUGUAGCAGCCAAUCAGGCAUCAUUGACAGAUAUGUUGGCAAAGUACCUGCACAAAGGAAGACACAGAAGAAAAAUGAAACCAACGCUUGGUGAGGAAGAUGAAGACGAAGAGGAGGAGGAGGAGGAGUAUGACCAGGUUGAUGAAGAAGAAGAGGAGGAGGAAGAAGAGGAACUUAUAUCUGAAUCAUCUGAAGAACAGGAGAGAAGAACAGUUAUGAGAAAUUGUUUCUCAUCUCUAGUAGAUACCCUGACUAAACAGGUUGGAUCCAGCAUUAGUGAAGUCCAGAUGCUUGUUCACGAACUUCGUCGUAUUACUGUCCUUUGGGAUGAAUUAUGGCUAGGAACCUUGGCUCAACACCACAGUGACAUGUCUAGAAAGUGCCACCAAUUGACAGCAGAAAUUGCAAGAUUGAAUAACAAUUCAUCUCUGACGCAGACUGAGAAAACUCAGCUUAUUAAGAAGAAAUAUGACAUCAUCUUCAAGCCACUUCUGUUUGUGCUAGAUCAGUUAGCAGACAUCACAUCAGCUACUCCAGAGACGCCUCACGAACGACACUUCCACGAGACAUAUGGUUCCUUGAUAUCCUCAGCCCUGUGUAGUUUAAGGGAACCUGAGAGUUAUUUUGAGCCUCAGGCUGCCUUGUCUGGCCUAAGGCAGCUCCAUCAGAUGCUGCAACAGAGAGCACAUCGGAGAGCAUCUUCAGCUCUCAAGAUGGCUGACAUAUCCCCCAAGCUUGCAGCACUGACUGCAACAAAAAUUGCUAUGCCAGGUGUUGUGUCAGCUUCACAGCAGGUUAUCACCAUAGCAUCAGUAGAUGGAAACAUAUCAAUUCUCCCCACAAAGACCAAGCCAAAGAAACUUAGCUUCCAAGGAUCAGAUGGCAAGAAAUAUACAUACUUGUUCAAAGGACUGGAAGAUCUGCACUUGGAUGAGAGGAUCAUGCAAUUCUUAGAAAUUGUUAAUACAAUGUUGGAGAAGAACCAGAGGGGUAAAGACUGUGUGUAUCGAGCCAGAUACUAUUCUGUGGUGCCACUUGGACCACGUUCAGGCCUGAUUCAGUGGGUUGGCAGUGCAACACCACUCUUCGGUCUCUACAAGCGCUGGCAGCAACGGGAAGCACAUGCGUUGUUGCUCAAAAAUCAUUCCUCUGCUGCAUCCAUCCAUCCGCAAGCUCCCCCACAAGUUCCACGGCCUUCAGAACUGUACUACAGCAAGUUGACACCCAAACUACGAGAGGCGGGAGUCAGUCUGGAUAACCGUAAGGAGUGGCCUCUUGGCAUUCUGAGGGACGUUCUGAAAGACCUGAUUAAAGAGACUCCAUCCAACCUGCUUUCAAGGGAAUUGUGGAUGUGUAGUGUCAGUGCUGGGGACUGGUGGCGCUUGACCCAGACGUACUCAAUUUCCACUGCAGUGAUGUCCAUUAUUGGCUAUAUCAUUGGUCUUGGUGACAGGCAUCUUGAUAAUGUUCUUGUAAACCUAACAUCUGGAGAGGUGGUUCACAUUGAUUACAAUGUGUGCUUUGAGAAAGGUAAAAACCUACGUGUCCCAGAAAGAGUGCCAUAUCGCAUGACACAUAACAUCGAAGCAGCACUUGGAGUAACAGGAACUGAGGGUGUGUUUAGGAAUGCCUGUGAGCAGGUCUUGAGGACCAUGCGAAGGGGACGUGAAACGCUUCUGACCUUGCUAGAAGCCUUUAUUUAUGAUCCACUAGUUGACUGGACACCAGACAGUGAAUCAGGCUAUGCUGGUGCGGUGUAUGGGGGUGACCAAGCUCUGGUAUCAGGCGCAAGACAAAGUCGGCAGCAGCUGGAGCGAGGUCUCACACUCAGUAUGUUUGCUGUGAGAAUAGCAGAAAUGAAAGCUGACUGGCUAAGUAAUAAAUCUGAGGUUCUGGAGUGCAUACCCAGUGUGGAACUCAGCUUAGUGGAAUGGCAAAAGGCACAUGAGGUUCAAGCAGAUGCUGAGGCUAACCUGCAGGAUGGCCACCACCUCAUGGCUAUGCUCAAGGAAGCAGAAGCUAACCCACAGCACAACCUCUAUGGUCUCCGUCCACGUUAUGAGGAAUAUGCCAUAGUCAAGAAGUCAAUGGACCAUGCCAAAGAGCUAGUGAAUACAAGGCUGAUAGAAGUGAAACACUGGCAUACUCUGUAUUUGACUGCAGCUAGAGUGUUUGAAGGAGGUCAAGCAGGUGAAUGGAGAGCCAAAGUGAGCAACGCAGGAGUGAUGUUAGCCAGCGUGGCUCCUGUGACAGAGUUUCUCACCAAGGCUGGACAAGGUCAGCUAGCCACACAGUGUGAACAUACAGAAGUUGAGCUGAGCAAAGUAGUGAACCAGGUGCAGAAUGUUUUAGGUUCCAGCCUUGAUCUACUCAUAAAGUAUGGAGGUGUUUGGGUGAAUUACCCAGCUGAUCAUCUUUCACGACAUAGGCUGUCAGAACAACUAGUGUGGCUUACUUCACUCCUGCAAGACUUUUCACUGAAUAAACAGACAGGUGAGCUGAGCAAAGUAGUGAACCAGUUUUAUUUUCAAGCUAUGUCAGCUUUACAUGAUGUCUUUGCAAGUCUCCAUGAAUUGGUUUUGAACACAAGUGGAAUCAUCAUUGUAGAGGGUGUAAGACUGUUCUGGCGUGGAGAACCCUCAGUGAUCAGCCUAGCCACAGAACUCCAAGGAGUUGUAUCCAGUUCCCCCACUCCACCAUCUGCACUCUGCCAGCACCUCACUACACACCUAAGGCUAAAGAUCCUUAUGAUGCCACCCCGUCAUGAAGAAGCUCUCCAGGAAGCAACAAACCUUCAUAGUCAGCUAAUGAAUGUGAUAGACAGAAUCACCUCUGAUGGAAGCAGUGACAUGAGUCAGGGACAGAUGCUCCUCAUGGGCUUCCACUUGCUCUUUGAAGCAGUCGAGACCCAGUUAGACCAACUCAUGGAUGCCCUUAGCAGUGCACCACUGCCGCAGCCUUGGCCAAGAGUAGAUACAGCAAGGGAGGCUGCUGAGAUAAUGGCUCCGCUCCACGACCCAAGUUUACGCCAGGUUCUACGGUCCUUGCUGAGAGUGAAGAAGGUCCAGACUAUUGUUGACUUCUUUACCACUGCAUACCAGUCCUCCCCAGCAUUCAGGAGAGAUGAUCCUAUUGGUAACAGAAAUAGCAACAGUUUAUGUGACGAAGAGAGGCUCCAAAGAAUUGUCCGUCGGUAUGCAAGUGAUUGUGUAUCUCUCUUGCUGCUUGGUCUACCUUCAUACCUGGCAACACACCUGCUUCUACUACACUGUCAGAAACUUGGUAUCAAUGUAUCUGGUUAUAUUGAAGCGAGGGAUGUAGGCACAGAAGGCAGGGUGAAUCUAGAUAACAUAGUGCAGGAGGCAUUGGAAUGUUGCUUGACUCAUCACAGCCUGGACCCUGCACUGCCCUCCUCCGCUGCAACAGCUCUCACUCUUCAUCUUAAUGCAGUCCGCAAGAAAUUACUCCUGAGACACUGGGAAGGUGAAGCAGAAGGGCUGCGGACAACACACCAGCGUGUGACAGCUCAGCAUCUAGGACAUCAGUGGUAUAAUGAGGAUUACCUAAAGCAGCGAGUUGUAGCACCAUCAGUCCAGCCAGGUCGAGGUGCAUUACUUGGAGAAUUAAGAACAAAUGUAAGCACGCUUUUGGCUCUGCACCAGAAUGUGUCAGAAUUGCGUGAAAAGUACACCAACUUGACUGGAAAUGUUGAACAGCGUCUCAAGUGGGCAGCUGGUUCAAACCCAACCAUAGCUCAGGCAUUGGAGGAAUUCAGUAAUGGUGUAGAAGUGGCUCUUGAAGGGGUAAGUCAACUUGUACAUCAGAGUAAGGAAGUCGCAUCUCUCUGUAAUGCUGUGCUGCAUUAUGAGGCUCUUCGAACUCAUACAGUGGAUGCCAUCACUUGGGAUGCAAAUUUCACUUCAGUACUGAAUACCUGCCAAGAGAGCUGCAUGCUUUUAGAACGGUAUCACUCUACUGUCAGUCCACAAGAGGAAAUGCUGGUCACACUUUGCCAUCUGCCAGCUGAUGUUAACACACAGUGGAUCCAGAAUGCAUCUGUUGCAGUCUCAGACCACAUUGAACUCCUCACAAAGUUAGUGAGUGACCAGAGCAGGGAGCUAAGGAAGGCUGCAGAAAAUGUUCGUUUAAAUGUUGUUACCUUGAGGACCCACCUCACUACACAUCAUAAAUUCAUGUCUGACAUCAGGGCAUUACUGAAGAGCAUGGCAAAGUUUGAGGAUGAGGGAGGACUAGCUGGUGUAGACGAGUACUUGGCACUUUACCGCACUUAUUCUGAGAGCAUUUCUGGGCUCAUCAGGCAAAUGCUACAUGAUCCAUUGUCUCCAGAAAAGGCAAAGUCAUAUUUGCAGAAGUUGCAGGAAGUAACUAUGCAAACAGGCACCAUAUAUGACAAAUUGGUAGAAUUUGGCAAUCAGUGUGUAGUAGAGGAAGCACAGGAAGAAGCAGAAUCCCUAAAAGAGACAAAUGGAGAGCCUCGUAGGCCCCCAUUACUGCGGCAGUCAAACCACAUUGAACUCCUCACAAAGUUAGUGAGUGACCAGAGCAGGGAGCUAAGGAAGGCUGCAGAAAAUGUUCGUUUAAAUGUUGUUACCUUGAGGACCCACCUCACUACACAUCAUAAAUUCAUGUCUGACAUCAGGGCAUUACUGAAGAGCAUGGCAAAGUUUGAGGAUGAGGGAGGACUAGCUGGUGUAGACGAGUACCUGGCACUUUACCGCACUUAUUCUGAGAGCAUUUCUGGGCUCAUCAGGCAAAUGCUACAUGAUCCAUUGUCUCCAGAAAAGGCAAAGUCAUAUUUGCAGAAGCUGCAGGAAGUAACUAUGCAAACAGGCACCAUAUAUGACAAAUUGGUAGAAUUUGGCAAUCAGUGUGUAGUAGAGGAAGCACAGGAAGAAGCAGAAUCCCUAAAAGAGACAAAUGGAGAGCCUCGUAGGCCCCCAUUACUGCGGCAGUCAAGUGUUGUCAUGUCCCCUUCCAAAACUUUCACUCCUGAUUCCAGGAUGAAAGUAAAAAGACAUCCACUUACAGGAAAAGUUGUCCAAGAGCAUAAUGCAUAUGCCCUUAAUGUUUGGCGCCGAGUAAAAGUGAAACUAGAAGGAAGAGACCUCGAGCCGUCUAGGAGAGCAUCAGUGGCAGAACAGGUGGACUACACCAUCAGGGAAGCAACAAAUUUAGACAACUUGGCAACCUUGUAUGAAGGAUGGACACCAUGGGUGUAAAGAACCAAGAUAAGAAAUAUUUUGAAAUUUUCAGUCGCAUAUUCAGUGUAUCAGUGCAAUUCUUAAUUCAUCAUUAUUAUUGAUUUCUACUCCAUUGUUUCCAUUCUCAAUUACUCUGUGAUAUUUGAAUGUGUAAGCAACUUCUAAAUGGCUAAUAUACUAUGUUCAA